AAUUGAUUCCCUCCAUUCUCAAAAAUUUAAUCUCUCCAUACAAGCAUCUCUUUUUGUUCCUCUCAUUUCUCUCUACCCAAAAAUGGCUCAACAGAUGGAGGUAAGUUUUGCUCUCUCUUUGAACAAAUCAAGAAUCACAUUCAUGUAGUUUACACUCACAUCUUUUUAUGCAGAAACCUAGGGUCACAGAGAUACAGGUGAGAAUGGACUGUAAUGGAUGUGUGCAAAAAAUCAAGAAAGCUUUACAUGGCAUCCAUGGUGAGUAUUUAUGAUCUUUAUAUAGAUUUUCCUCAGCAAAAGAUUACUAUAAUAGGAUCAGCAGAUCCUGAAAAAAUAGUAAAAGCACUAAGGAAGACAAGAAAGAGUGCUAUUGUUUGUUCCCAUAUAGAACAAGCAGAAACUCCAACAGAGCCAGAGGAACCUGCACCAGCCGAGAGUGAAGCACCGCCCCCUGAGUCUAGCAAUCCUCCAACACAAGAAAAUCAACCAGCUGAAGAGCCGCCCAAAGAACCGCCAAAAGAACCACCAACACAAGAAAAUCAACCAGCAGAGGAGAAACAAACACAUGAUGAAGGUGCUGACAAUACCAACAGCAAACCGGACCAAAUCUCCAAAUCAAGAGACGUUGAAGAAGUUCAUGUAAUAUACCACUAUCCACCAGACUACAGUUACAGACACAACUUUCGCCAGGGUAUGAGCAGUCACGAGCCACCUCGGGAUCAUGGAUACAGAUACAACUAUGGUCAGACCAUGAUCCAUGAGCCACCCCGGGACCCUCGUUACAACAGAUACAACUACGGCCCGAGUAUGAGCCAAGAGCCAACCAGGGACCAUGGUUACAACAGAUACAACUAUGGCCAGAGCAUGAGCUAUGAGCCACCUAACUACGGUCGGAGCAUGAUCCAUGAGCCUCCUCCAGGAAAUCCUGGCUACAGAAAUAAUCAUGCUCGUCCUAUCGGUCCAGAAUUCAGACCUGAGGCGCCACCACCAGGUCAACCACCGGUUUAUGUGACUCACAGCUACAAUAGCUACCAACCAUCACCCUAUGUGACUGGAUAUGAGCACAUCAGGUCACCACCAAGAUACACACAAUAUACUAGGCCAGAGCAUUACUCUGAGGACUAUCACUAUGGAAACAAUGGCAACGGAACAAUCAGCUCAGUUUUCAGUGAUGAAAAUCCAAAUGCAUGCACAAUAGCUUAAGGAGGGUGACCGAAAUGGUUUGCAAGGGAAGCAAGUAAUUUUAUUUUUUGUUUCACCUGUAAGAGAGAAAGAUGCCUAACUAAGUCCAGAUGAUUCGUAAAGUAACUCCUCAACAAACAAAAAUAAAGCAAACAUGUGCAAAUGUUGAGAGAAAUGAGAUUCUUGACUUCAAAAGCAAAAGGGAAUAUAUCCUCCAUUCCACCUCUACGAGGCUAAUUCUGACCACCUGGCAUUCAUUUCCUGAAGAAGAAUACUAAUAAAUCUCCUUUAUUCUUGGAA